CCCGGAAGUGUGCUCCAUCAUCUGGUUUGUGUGUGGGGGGGUUGUCAGCGGACUGUCAGAUGAAGACUUGGUGUUCAUCACUUUGAGUUAAAUCUUCCUCUUUUUUAUGGCAUGUCGCUAUCAGAAGACACCGAAUGACCAUGCAGAUCCUCACCCCGCAUGUUUACUGGGCUCAGCGGCACGGAGAGAUCUAUCUCCGGGUGGAACUGAGCGACGCGAAGAAUCUCGACAUCAGUCUGCAAGAAAACAACACACUUCAGUUCAGAGCACAGGGCCACGGAGCUAAAGGAGAUAAUGAGUAUGAGUUCAGUUUGGAGUUCCUGGAACCUGUCAGACCUGAGAUCAACCACAAGUCCACCCAGCGUCAGGUGGACAUCAAGAUCAAGAAGCAGGAGGAGCGCUGGUGGGACCGGCUGACCAUGCAGGAGAAGAAGCCUCUGUUUCUGGCUCCAGACUUCGACCGCUGGCUGGACGAGUCGGACGCAGAGAUGGAGCUUCAGGCUAAGGAGGAGGAGAGGAUAAACAAGAUCAGUGUAGAGUCAAGAAUUCGUAAAGACCCCUACCUCGGGCUGAAGAAAGGCUACCUGUUUAUGUACAACCUGGUGCAGUUCCUGGGAUUCUCCUGGAUCUUUGUCAACAUGACAGUUCGACUCUUCAUUCUUGGUCAAGAUUCGUUCUAUGAUACUUUCCACACCACAGCUGAUAUGAUGUAUUUCUGUCAGAUGAUGGCCGUGCUGGAGGUCAUUAAUCCCUUGUUGGGUCUGGUUAAGACUGGAUUUUUUCCUGCUAUGAUACAGGUGGCGGGCAGGAACGUCAUCCUGUUUGUUAUCUUCGGCUGUCUGGAAGAGAUGCAGAACAAACCUGUUGUCUUCUUCGUGUUCUACCUGUGGAGCACCAUCGAGAUCUUCAGGUAUCCUUUCUACAUGCUUGCCUGCAUAAGCACAGAGUGGACGCUGUUAACCUGGCUGAGAUACAGCCUCUGGAUCCCUCUGUACCCGCUGGGGGUCGUGGCUGAAGCGGUGGCAGUGAUCCAGUCCCUGCCCAUCUUUGAUGAGACGCGUAUGUUCAGCUUCCCCCUCCCGGCGCUGCUUGGACACUCUUUAAGCUUCUCCUACACUCUGCAGCUCUACCUGGUCAUCAUGUUCCUGGGACUCUUCAUCAAUUUCCGCCACCUGUACAAGCAGAGGAGGAGACGAUACCGCUCGAGGAAAAGGAAAGUCAACUAACUCUUCAGCGCUUUUGUUUUCCACGCACCCUAACUGCUGUCCACUUCAGGAUAAAGCGGUUUUCUUUUCCUAUAAUUGCCUUUUCUCAUCUUCCUUCACACUGACCUGAUGCUGGAGUGCUGGUCACCUUAUUCCUCAACUGGGUGAACUGUUAACUUCCAGAUCCUGUAAAUCUUUCUGUACCAGCUUGACUACUCACUCUUGAAAGGACGUGACCUGAAAACACAGAACAGGUCGAUCCAGUGCUUUAACUUCAACCGUCAUGAUUAUUCUCUUAAAGAUGUCCAUAUUUAUGUUUUCUGUUCGUGCCUGCGGUUGCCGAAAUAACAGAAAUAUGUUAAUUUUUCAGUUGAUUUGUUUUCUGUUGGUGAGAUGAGAGAUACAACCCCAUUCCAAAACAUUGGGAUGUUAUGAAAAACAAAUGCAAUAAUGCAAAUCCUUGGUGACCUACAUUUAACUGAAUACAGCACAAAGACAAGAUAUCUCAUGUUCAAAUUGGGUAACUUUUUUGUUUCCUCUUUUAAUGGUUCUCUAUUCAAUAGACAUUAUUUCAGAUGCCUUUGCAUUAAAACACUGUGGCUCUUAACUUUUAACUGUCAGUUUUAAAUUGAGAUGUUUGAUGUUUUUAGAAGUGCAUUUCUAACACUGGGCCUUUGGUGAAGCUGUCAGUCACUUACUGCUUUGAAUAUUUACAAAACCAUGCAAAUUACAACAGAAUUAAAUAUUUCAGCUUUUUUUCUGGCACACUUAGGUUUUACAAUGAAUCCUUGAUUUAAUGGUUUGUUUCAUUUUAAGCCCACAUGAAACAUACGUUUUAUAAACUCAGAGUCCAGGGAGUCCUUACUGUAAACAUUAACUCUGAAAAAGAUUCAUCAGUGUUACAUGUUCUGACGAGCCGUCCGCUUCCUGUUCUCAUUAUACUUUUCACUGACUGCACACAAGUUCUUUGAUUUCUUUCUCCUCUUUUUGAGCCUGAUGUUUUUUAUUUAUUUGUGUUUACUGAAGUUGUUGAUUUUGAUGUGUUUUGGAUUGAACUUUUUGGGAAAGAUGUACAGUGGGCAUACAGCUUGAUUUAUUGCAUUUCAAAAGUCCUUAUGCAGGUUAAUUCAGACUUGAUUGUAAGUCACAUGGUUUCCUGACAAAAAAUAAACAUCAGAGUUCCUA